GAGAAGGCCUACGCUGCGGCGUUGGCCGCUGUUGCGGAGGGAGUUGAGAUAGUUCACCGCCGGAGGAAGAAGAAGAAGAAGAAGAAGAAGAAAAAAGAUAAGAAGAAGAGAAGGACGCUGUUCUUGUUCCUGUUCGUUUUACUCGGUUUCGAUCAAGUGCUGCAUAAACACCAUCCACAACAAUGAGCACCGUCUACUUUGGCACCAUCGUGCACUCCCUCAGCCAGACCGAGCUCGAGAUCGUCGAGGCCGCGGUCGGCGUCGACAGCGAGGGAACGAUCGUCUUUGUCGAGCACAACACCGCCGCGGACGAGGCCGCGAAGAAACACGGCUGGGCUGAGGGCGAGUACUCCGUCGUCGCGCCCGUCGACCAGGCCACCUCGUUCUUCUUCCCUGGUUUCGUCGACACCCACAUCCACGCAUCGCAGUACCCCAACGUCGGGCUCUUUGGCAAAACCACCCUGCUCGACUGGCUCAACACCUACACCUUCCCGCUCGAGUCCUCGUUCAAGGACCCCGCGGUCGCCAAAUCAAUCUACUCCCGCGUCAUCGCCCGCACCCUCGGCCACGGCACCUCCACCGCCGCCUACUACGCGACCGUGCACGUCGAAGGCACCUCCAUCCUCGCCGACCUCGCGCUCGAGGCUGGCCAGCGCGCGUUCAUCGGCCGCUGCUGCAUGGACGCAAACUCGCCGGACUACUACUGCGACGAGUCUCUCGAGGCCGCCCAGGACGCCACGCGCGCAGUCAUCGCCCACGUCCGCAAGAUCGAUCCGGCGUUCGAGACCGUGUCCCCGAUCCUCACCCCGCGCUUCGCCAUCUCCUGCUCCCGCGAGCUCAUGGCCUGGCUCGGACAAGUCGCCGCCGAAGAACACCUCCCCGUGCAGACGCACAUCUCGGAAAACAAGCUCGAGAUCGAGACCACCCUCAAGCUGCACCCGUACGCAGACUCCUACGCCGGCGUCUACGACACCUUCGGCCUGCUCACCAACCGCACCAUCCUCGCCCACGCCGUCCACCUCUCGGACGACGAGCGCGAUCUCGUCGCCAAGCGCGGCUGCGGCGUCGCCCACUGCCCGGCUUCAAACUCCGCGCUCACCUCGGGCGAGACCCGCGUCAAAUGGCUGCUCGACGCCGGCGUCAAAGUCGGCCUCGGCACUGACGUCUCGGGAGGAUUCACGCCCUCGAUCCUGCACACCGCGCGCCAGGCCCUGCUGGUCUCGCGCCAUCUGGCAAUGAAGGGCGAAGAAACCCACAAGCUCUCCAUCGACGAGGUGCUCUACCUCUCCACCCUCGGCGGCGCGGAAGUCUGCGGCCUCGACUCCAAAGUCGGCAAUUUUGUCGUCGGCAAGAAAUGGGACGCCCAGCUUGUCGCGCUCGAUAACAAGAACUCCCCGGUCGAUAUCUUUGAUUGGGAGCGCGGCAAGCACGAGGAUUUGGUCGCAAAGUGGUUGUUUAACGGCGACGACCGCAACCUCACCAAGUUUUGGAUCAACGGCCGUCUCGUCGCCGGCACCGAGUUCUGAUUCUUUUUAUCUGUCUUUCUAUGUCUUUUUUUAUGCUUGUCAUUCUCCUCUGCUAUUUUUGAUUAUUUUGUCUUUUUUCUACUUGUCUUGCAACUCUCUGCUAUCUUGGUCAUUUUCUCUUGUUCUCUUGUACUAGCUUUGUCACGGCUGGAGUUCUCGGUAUAGAUACUUUGAAUUAGAUGUAUUCAUUAACGUACA